AUGUCUUACGCUAAACUCGUGAACACUUGCAACGCCAGCACCUUGGCUGAGCAAGCCAUCAACAAACCGAACUACACACCAGGCAAGGCGCUGAAGACGGCUUUCAAGUUAUUGAAGCGCGUCUUCAAAUCAACAACAGCUAAUAAGGUAGAUACCAACAACAACAUAGAGCAGCAAAUCACAGUCAUAAAACCACAAGCAGUAACUGAGAUGCCGAAAGCAGCAGCCGAGUCACAGCAACAUCAGCGCGAAGUCGAAGCAUCCAAAUUCAACGCUAGCAUACUAACCACUUGCUCAACACUCAGCGCUGAGGAGUACGAGAAUGAACUGAACGAGUUAGCUGAGUUGGCGACAAAAAGCAAAUCGUUGGAGUAA